ACAUGUACGUGGCCGUGUGUUAUUUAACCUGUGUAGUAUUUUACAUCAAAUUUAACAGUCUAAAUUAAACUUAAAAGAGGAAACACAUAAGAGGAACACACAAUGUCGAAAGUUACCUUAAUUACAUUUUUCACCGUAAUUUCAGCUAGCUUAUGCUUGGGCUGCUCAAAUCCAGAAGUUAAUUCAAAAUCAUUCACUACUUUAGAUGCCACAAUAGUAACAAAUAUCGCAUUUAUUUCGGAAUUUUCAAUUAAAUGUGGAUCAGGAAAACUUGGGAACUUAUAUGCUGCCUUGAACGGUCACAUUAGUCCGGUGUCUCUAGUUGGAAACGAUAAAUUCCAGGUAAGUUGGACUGAAGACAUAAAAAGUGCCAAAUCAGGUGACCGUGUAGUCAAAUUGUAUGAUGAGGAUGGUUACGUUGCCUAUAGGAAGGCUAGCCGUGCCAAUGAGGAUGUGUCAUCUGUACCUUCCUUUGCAGAUGUUGUUGUUACCCACUCAGGAGCUUAUAAUGGACCAUGGUUAAAAUCAGAAUUUAUUGCCACUUUCUUAUCAUUGAUUGUUGCUUAUGUAGCGCUGGCUUCAAGGGCAAAAGUUUCUAAUUGAAGAUGCAAUGUUCAAAUUGUUAAUUAUUUUGUUUAAUUUAUGUAAACACUAUUGUGAUAUAAAUGCAAUUUGUAUAUCAGGCUGAAAUUUUCUAAUAAAAAGAAAUGCCCAUU